AUGGAGGUCGUCUCGCCAGGGGUGCCCAACGGCCUGAUUCCUCCUUCGAGUCAACCUCCAUCGGUCGAUCCAGCUACUGUAGUCCAGUAUUUGAUAGAGACUCUACAGAGCACUCUCGAUGCGCUGAAAACAGACUUAGAGAGCGCGGGAAGCUUCUUAUCUAAGGCAAAGUAUCCUGAAACCAUCCAGAGGUGCACUCGCUUUGCCAGUGAAUCUCAGGUUGCGUUAUAUGUCCAGAAGGAUGCGGUGGAAACAGAGCAGACCAAUGGAGAGGAGGAGGGAUCCCCUUCUCCGGCCAGGUAUAUUUAUACACUCACUCUCGAGUUAGCCCUCUCACCUACGACCGUUGCAUCUAUGGCUUUUACUCGACAGCUUCAGCCCAUAGAUCCGAACCUGCCAAUCUCCGCUCAGGUCCAUGCCACAAAUCUUCCGGGCUUCCUUUCAUUAACUCAGAUGACCUUGAAUCAGGGCACAGCCACUGUGUCUCCUCUCCAGGCACUUCACACAUUUGUAAAUCAUGUUAUUUCUCCAUACUUCGAUGCCUACACACGUAACCAGGAAGGGGUUAGUGGUGUGAAGGGAAGGGGGAAUAACGAUGCAAAGACGGGAGUGCCAGUUACCAAAAAGAAGAUUGCGGAACUCAAAUCAAGUCUCCUGCAGCUCCAGGAGAACAUCGAAAUUCCAGUACUGAAUCUUCCACUGCAUGAAGUUGUUCAAGCAGCCUUGGACGAGGCUCUGGCUAGAGGCAUUAAACCUUCUGCUGAUCUCAUCCCAGCAACUGUGCUUGAAAAUAGCAUGGUCUUGAACAGCAUCCAAAACAUUGUAAACGGGUGGAUUAAAUCCAUCCAAACCACCACAUCAAUGUCCCGGGAUGACAUCAAGGGUUCUGCAAUCCAGGAAAUCAAUUUCUGGUUGUCGAUGGAAACCGCGCUGGAAGCGAUCGAGAACCAGUUACGAAGUGACGGAGUCCAACUGACUAUGGAUAUCCUCCGGCACGCGAAACGAUAUAAUGUAACCCUCAGCUUUUCGGCAGAUACCGGGCUAAAAGAAACUACGGAGACGGUUCAGAAAUACAACCAAUUAAUGCGAGAUUUCCCGCUGGAUGAGCUCUUGUCUGCCACCUCCCUGAAUAAGGUCCAUGAUGCCUUGAAUCUCAUCUUUUCUCAUUUAAACAAGAAACUUCGUAUAUGCCCAUAUCCUAUUAAACGGUCGCUGUUGCUAGUGGAGGCUAUUUCCGGUGAUUUGGAUACUCAAAUACGUACCCUCAUCCAUGGGAGAUCAAUUAUGCACUUGGGAUUUAAGGAAUUCCGCGCUCUGAUGAGGUCCGCUCAGGUCAUCUGGCGGGCUUGGGAUGAAAAUGUUAAGGAAUUUACAAACGUUGCUCGUGAUGCCAUAAGACGAAGGAACGAGAAAUUUAUCUCCAUCAAAGUUGAACCACGGCAUAGCGCCAUCCAAGAUCGACUGAAGUAUAUAAAUACAUUCCGCAACAAUCACGAACAACUCCAGCGUACCAUUGUGAACGUACUCAGGCCCAACGCCAGUCAUGGUGGCAUGUCGUCGGGUGCUGAUGGUGAUGGAGCUGUCGUUGGUGAGGAAAUUGGUGACGUCGAUGCUUUGGAGGAGGUUUCCCAAGCUUAUGCAUCCUUGAAAGACGUUGACGUUUUGGAUGUAUCAGAAGAAGGUACUCAGAUAUGGAUCCAGGCCGAAGCUUCGUAUAACGAACGCACGUCUAGAGUAGAGAAUUCCAUAAUUGCGCGUCUUAAGGACCGUCUUGCUACAGCAAAAAACGCUACUGAAAUGUUCCGUGUCUUUUCAAAAUUCAACGCCUUGCUUGUCCGACCCAAGAUCCGAAGCGCCAUUAGCAAACACCAGUCCGAAUUGAUCGAACUUGUGAAGAACGAUAUUGCCAAGCUGCAUGAGCGAUUCAAGCACCAGUAUGGCAAUUCCCAAGCUAGCCCAAUGGCGCAGCUGCGAGAUCUACCUCCCGUAUCGGGUGCUAUCGUGUGGGCUCGCCAAAUCGAACGACAACUUGAUGGUUAUAUGCGGAAAGUUGAGGACGUUCUGGGUGAAGAUUGGGACUUGCACGCUGAAGGACAAAAGCUCCAGGCUGAAGGUAACAUGUUCCGAAAGAAGCUCGAUACGCGACCUAUAUUUCAGAACUGGCUACAGGACGUUCAAAGACGAAAUAUUACUAUUUCCGGUCGCCUCUUUAAAAUCUUCCGUAAUCGUGCUGCUGGAAACGCGUUGGAACUUGAUGUGAAUUUCGAUCCGCAGAUUAUUGUGCUCUUCAAGGAAGUCAGAAACCUUGUCUGGCUUAGUUACCAAGUUCCGCAUGCUAUCAAUACCAUCUCAAAGGAAGCUAAACGAGUAUACCCAUAUGCUAUUAGCCUAAUCGAAAGCGUCCGAACGGUUCUACAAACAAUGCGCUCGAUCUCGUCUAUGGCUGACGUUUCUAUUCUUUUGAGUGGUUACAAAAACGACGUCCAGACCUUGAUUAUGAAAGGUCUUCCUUUGCGCUGGGAGUCUUUUAUCCAUUCCUAUGAGCUCCACGUCAAGCAAGUGAUAGCUAAUGGGGCAGUCGAUCCUUCACUGGCCCAAGGUCGAAGCGAAAGCAAACAUGUUCAAUUUGUUCGCAAAUUUGCAGUCUCCGCUUCCGUUCUCCAAUCGAAAACUUCGACGCUGUUUCAAAUUAAUGAGAAUAUACAGAAAGCUAUUUCGGAUCUCAAAACCUGCCCAUACGAUGCGUCUAUCUUUCGCCAGCGCCUGGAUGAGAUUCAGAACGCCGUUGAUAAAUUGAAUCUAGAAAAUUAUGUAAAUCUCGGCUUCUGGGUCUCGAAUAUGAAUCGGAAAAUCGAACUCAUUCUACAAGAGCGUUUACAUCGGGCCAUAAGGGAGUGGAUUGUUGCCUUCCAGGAGAUUAAAUAUGACGAGAACGGCAACCAGCGACAGAUACCAGUUUAUAAUCAGAGCUCAAAGGCAACUGAUGACGCCGAAACUCAAAUCUAUACCAUUGAGUUCCCAAAACUUUUCCAUGAGAUUUCCAUGAGAAACCAAGUGCUCCGCCUCGAUCCUCCUCUUGAGUAUGCGAGAGCAAGCUGGUUUGAUCACUUUAACCAGUGGGUUGGAAUUCUUUGCAACUUGGAGAAAAUCAAGUCAUCACGCUAUAAGAUGUCCAUAGAGACCGACAAGGCUUUACUCUCCGAAACCCACUUCACAAACCUCCCUCAAUAUUGUACCAGCGAACUAGUGGAAGUAUAUUCGGUGGUUAGCGCAAGACUACAAGAGAUCUCGGAUUAUGUGGAUAAAUGGCUACAGUUCCAGUCACUAUGGGAUCUUCAAUCCUCCCAAGUGUAUGAUGUGCUUGGCGACGAUUUAUCCCAAUGGCUGCAACUACUUCAAGAAAUCCGUAAAAGCCGCACGACGUUUGAUACCUCUGAAGUUGGCAAGUCUUUUGGCAAUGUUAGGAUCGACUAUGAACAAGUACAGACCAAGGUCAAUGCUCGAUACGACCAAUGGCAACAUGAAAUUUUGCAUAAAUUUGGCGGCAGGCUUGCGAGUCGUAUGCGUGAAAUUCACGAUGAGAUUGUUACUUCCAAGAAAGACCUGGAGAGCCAGACGCUUGAAGCAUCCUCAACUGCACAUGCCGUUUCGUUCAUUACCAUAGUCCAACGGUGCAAGCGAAAGGCACGAGUAUGGGGUCCGGAGGUUGAACUCUUCCUCCAAGGUCAGGCAACUUUAACUCGCCAACGUUACCACUUCCCCGGCGACUGGUUACAUGUUGAGCAGGUUCGCGACGAUUGGAAUGCCCUCAGCGAGCUUCUUGAACGCAAGAGCAAGAUUGUGCAGGAUCAGACUGAUGCACUUCAGGCGAAAAUCAUUGCGGAGGAUCGUGUGAUCAGUAACAAGAUUUCUGAAAUCAUCAAUCAGUGGAAUGAAGAGAAACCCGUAUCCGGCUCGAUACCUCCAGAGGAGGCUUCUCGAACGUUAAGUUCCUUUCAAUCACGACUGGAAAGCCUACGCUCUGAAUCUGAAAUGGUUAUGAAAGCAAAGGAGGCCCUAGAUCUGCCUGGGAGUCCUGAAACGGCUCUUUCUGCAGUGCUUGAAGAAGUGCAGGAUUUCAUGUCUGUCUGGGCCGCAUUGUCGACAAUCUGGAAGAGCUUGAAUGAGCUUAGGGAUGUGCUUUGGAAUAGCAUCCAACCGAGAAAGCUUCGCCAAUCCCUUGACGAGCUCAUCAAGAUGACGAAGGAAAUGCCGAGUCGAAUGCGACAGUACGCUGCCUUCGAACAUAUCCAGAAUAUUUUGCGCCAAUUGCUCAAAGUCAAUCCUCUCCUUUCCGACAUGAAGUCGGAGGCUGUUCGAGAGCGGCAUUGGCAAAAGAUUUUCAAAGCUCUUAAGCCCGGGAAGCGUUUCUCUCAAACUUCCCUUACCCUUGGUGAUGUUUGGGAUCUGCAACUGACCUCUAGUGAAUCCGUUAUCCGUGACAUUAUUGCUCAAGCACAAGGCGAAAUGGCCCUCGAGGAGUUUUUGAAGAUGGUUCGCGAAACAUGGCAAAACUACUCUCUUGACCUUGUCAACUACCAAAACAAGUGCCGCUUGAUCAGAGGUUUCGACGACCUUUUUGCCAAAUGCAGCGAAAACCUCAACUCUCUCCAGGCCAUGAGGCAUUCCCCGUACUAUAAGGAGUUUGAAGAAGAAGCCAGUUCGUGGGAAGAUAAACUGAACAGAGUCCACGUUCUCUUCGAUGUUUGGAUCGACGUCCAGCGGCAAUGGGUGUAUCUUGAAGGAGUCUUCACUGGUAAUGCUGAUAUCAAACAUCUGCUCCCUGUCGAGUCCGGACGGUUCCAGAAUAUCAACUCGGAAUUUUUUGCUGUCAUGAAGAAAGUCUACAAGUCCCCGUUUGUUCUUGACAUUCUUGCUAUUACUGGUGUUCAAAAGUCCCUGGAGCGGUUGGCGGAACUUCUUCAUAAAAUUCAAAAGGCUCUCGGAGAAUACUUGGAACGAGAACGCAUGUCUUUCCCACGCUUUUAUUUCGUUGGUGACGAGGAUCUACUUGAAAUCAUCGGUAACAGCAACGACACCCUCCGUGUGGCGAAGCAUUUUAAGAAAAUGUUUGCAGGAUUAUCUGGUUUGCUGAUGGAUGAUGAUAGCAAUAUUGUUGGCUUUAGUUCAAAGGAAGGAGAAGAAGUCAGGCUGAAACGCGAAGUGUCUCCUGUUAAGACCCCCAGAAUCAAUGACUGGCUCAGUGCUUUGGACAUUAAUAUGAAAUUAACGUUGGCGGAACUGCUUGCGGAGGCUAUCGAACAAUUUGAACCCAUAUAUAGGGCCCCCGAAGUCGACCAGACGGCAUUUAAUGAUUUCCUCGCAAACUACCCUGCUCAGAUUGUCGUUCUUAGUAGUCAGGCCGUUUGGACCCAGGCUGUCCAAGCCGCUCUAGAAGCCGGUGGCCAGGAUUUACCCACGCUUUAUGAUGCACAAGUGCGAGUCUUGGACUUGCUUGCUGUCACCGUCCUUGGAGACUUGGACCCCAUCACAAGAAAGAAGUGCGAGCAUAUGAUUACUGAAUUUGUUCACCAACGAGACUCGAUUGCGAAACUCAUCGAGUUCAACGCCACGUCUCCUUCUCAUUACCUCUGGCUGUUACAAAUGCGACAUGUAUACCAAGCUGAAGGAGACUUCUUGCAACGACUGCGCGUCCACAUGGCCAACGCGAAGUUGGAUUAUGGUUUUGAGUAUCUUGGGGUUCCCGAACGCCUCGUACGAACUCCGCUGACAGAUCGCUGCUUCUUGACCCUCACUCAAGCGCUGUGUCAACGACUUGGUGGCUCUCCUUAUGGACCAGCCGGAACCGGAAAAACCGAGUCAGUCAAAGCCUUAGGUCUGCAGCUUGGUCGAUUUACCCUAGUUUUCUGCUGCGACGAUACAUUUGACUUCCAAGCAAUGGGCAGAAUCUUCUUAGGGAUUUGUCAGGUUGGCGCGUGGGGUUGUUUCGACGAGUUCAACCGUCUUGAGGAGAGAAUUUUGUCGGCCGUUUCGCAGCAAAUUCAAAAUAUCCAGAUCGGGCUGAAGAAUAGUAAUGACGAGGAGAAAGCGCAAAUUGACCUUGUUGGCCGCCGCCUGCGAGUCAACACGAACACUGGAAUUUUCAUUACUAUGAAUCCUGGAUACGCUGGGCGAUCUAACCUUCCUGACAACUUGAAGAAGUUAUUCCGUAGCGUCGCCAUGUCCAAGCCCGAUAAGGAACUCAUUGCGGAAGUGAUGCUUUUCUCCCAGGGCUUCAAACAGGCCAAACCUUUGUCUAGACAAACUGUACCAUUCUUCGACCACUGCGCCAAACGCCUGACGAAACAAGCUCAUUAUGACUUUGGUCUCCGUGCUUUGAAGAGUGUACUAGUUAGCUCUGGCGGACUCAAACGCUUGCGCCUUGCAAACUGCGAUGGCGACCUUGGCCCCAACGAAAUUAUUGAACCUCAAAUUAUCGUUCAGAGUAUUCAAGAAACAAUUGCUCCCAAGCUAAUUCGCGAGGAUGUCGAAACCAUGUUGCAGAUCCAGGCUGACGAGUUCCCUGGGGUGGUGUAUAUCCCUGCAAACUUCGACAAGCUUACCCAAGCCAUUCGUGAUAUCGCUGUCGAAAACCAUUACGUUGCUAGCGACACAUGGAUUGCAAAGACUUUGCAACUCUAUCAGAUCCAGGGUAUCCAUCAUGGUGUAAUGAUGGUUGGACGGUCGGGAGCUGGUAAGAGUGCUUCGUGGAAGACACUGCUCGAGGCCCUGCAACGGGUGGAAGGGGUGGAAGGGGUUUGUCAUGUUAUUGACUCGAAAGUCAUGGCUAAGGAAGCCUUAUAUGGUAACCUUGAUAGCACUACACGGGAAUGGACCGACGGUCUCUUCACUGGAAUUUUAAGAAAGAUUGUGGAUAACCUUCGCGGAGAGGACGCAAAAAGACACUGGAUUGUCUUUGAUGGAGAUGUUGAUCCGGAAUGGGUUGAAAAUCUUAACAGCGUGUUGGAUGACAAUAAGUUGCUUACUCUUCCAAAUGGUGAACGUCUUAAUCUGCCUCCAAAUGUUCGGAUUGUGUUCGAAGUGGAGACUCUUAAAUACGCUACUCUUGCUACUGUCAGUCGAUGCGGUAUGGUCUGGUUUAGCGAUGAUACUGUCACCCCGAAAAUGAUGGUUACCAACUACAUUGAGUCUUUGAAAACAAAAACCUUUGAAGAUCUGGACGACGAUAGCGUUCCCUCCGGCCAGUCUUCCACAAAGACCUUGGAAACACAGAAUAUGCUUGCGAACCUACUGGAGGUACUACUUCAGAAUGACGACCUCAUUCUCAUAGCGCUCGAAGAAGCAAAGAAGUAUAAUCACAUCAUGGAAUUCAGUGAUAUUCGAGCUCUCAACACCCUCUUCAGUUUACUGAACAAAUCUUGCCGGAACAUUCUCGAGUACAAUAUUCAGCACGUUGACUUCCCAUUGGAUCCAGAGCAAGCAGAAUCUUAUUUGUCAAAGAAGUUAUUUUUGGCCCUUGUUUGGUCUCUUACUGGUGACUGUCCCCUUGGAGAUCGAAAAUCCUUUGGUGAAUAUGUCACGGGCUUCUCCACCAUUGACUUGCCACCGCUUAAUGAGUCCUCUUCCCUCAUCGAUUUUGACGUCUCUCUACCCAAAGCUGAAUGGAUUAGCUGGCAGUCACAAGUGCCAUCUGUUGAGAUAAAUACUCACUCUGUUACGCAAACCGAUGUCAUCAUUCCAACCUUGGACACCGUUCGCCAUGAAGAUGUCCUCUAUUCCUGGCUUGCAGAACACAAGCCACUUCUUCUCUGUGGUCCUCCUGGUUCCGGAAAGACUAUGACACUGUUCUCAGCCUUGAGGAAGCUUCCCAACAUGGAAGUGGUUGGACUUAACUUUUCUAGUGCAACAACUCCAGAUCUCCUGAUUAAGACUUUCGAACAAUACUGCGAGUACAAGAAGACCCUCAAUGGCGUGGUAAUGUCACCCAACCAAAUUGGACGUUGGCUGGUGAUUUUCUGUGACGAAAUAAAUCUUCCGGCUCCCGAUCAAUACGGAACUCAACGCGCGAUUUCCUUCUUGAGACAGCUUGUUGAGCAGAACGGAUUCUGGCGGACAACGGAUAAAACUUGGGUAACACUUGAUCGCAUUCAAUUUGUUGGUGCUUGUAAUCCUCCAACUGAUGCUGGCCGUACUCCUCUUGGUGAACGCUUCCUUCGUCAUGCUCCCCUCAUCAUGGUCGACUAUCCUGGUGAGCUCUCCCUUAUGCAAAUCUAUGGAACUUUCAACUCUGCUAUACUCAAGAUUAUACCUUUGCUUCGUGGAUAUUCUGAAGCUUUAACCAAAGCGAUGGUUCAAUUCUACCUAGAGUCUCAAGCUAGAUUCACACCCGCGAUCCAACCUCAUUAUGUUUACUCUCCUCGAGAACUCACAAGAUGGGUCCGUGGUAUCUAUGAAGCAAUAAAGCCGUUGGAGAAUUUGUCUCUUGAGGGUCUUGUUCGUAUUUGGGCCCAUGAAGCCCUGCGAUUGUUCCAGGAUAGGCUCGUCGGUGAAGACGAAAGAGAGUGGACUUCAGAUGCUGUGAAGCGCAUUUCACUGGAGAAUUUUCCCACAAUGGACGAACAGAAGGCAUUGGAGGCCCCAAUUUUGUUCUCCAAUUGGCUGUCUAAGAACUACGUCCCAGUUGAACAGGAGCAGCUUCGUGAAUUUGUCAAAGCCCGACUGAAGACUUUCUGCGAGGAAGAGGUUGACGUGCCUCUUGUUCUCUUCAAUGAUGUCCUAGAGCAUGCUCUCCGCAUCGACCGUGUGUUCCGCCAGCCACAAGGGCAUCUCAUUCUCAUUGGUGUAAGCGGAAGCGGUAAAACAACAUUAUCCCGUUUCGUUGCUUGGAUGAAUGGUCUCAAAGUGUUCCAAAUCAAGGUCCAUGGAAAAUACUCGGCUGAAGACUUUGAUGAAGAUCUCAGAAGUGUUCUCCGACGAGCAGGAUGUAAAGGCGAAAAGAUUUGUUUUAUUAUGGACGAGUCCAACGUUCUUGAUUCAGGCUUCCUGGAACGGAUGAAUACUCUUCUUGCCAACGCUGAAGUCCCCGGUCUCUUUGAAGGGGACGAAUUUGCCUCGUUGAUGACUGCUUGCAAGGAGGGCGCACAGAGACAAGGGCUCUUGUUAGACUCCCAGGAGGAACUCUACAAAUGGUUCACGCAACAAAUUGUCAAGAAUUUACAUGUUGUUUUUACCAUGAAUCCUCCUGAGGAUGGCCUCUCUUCCAAAGCCGCGACAAGUCCCGCGCUUUUCAAUCGAUGCGUCCUCAACUGGUUCGGCGAUUGGUCAGACCAGGCUCUAUUCCAGGUCGGCUCGGAACUUACCCAAUCCGUGGAUCUUGACAAGCCCAACUUCAUUGCACCGGAUAGCAUUCCAGUUGCUUAUCGUGGUCUUCAUCUCCCAGCGUCCCACCGAGAAACCGUUGUUAAUUCUAUGGUUUAUAUUCACUACUCGCUUCAGAAAUUCAACCAACGCCUACUGAAGCAGCAGGGUCGAACAACUUAUCUCACUCCACGCCAUUAUCUCGACUUUGUCGCUCAAUAUGUCAAACUUUUUAAUGAGAAGCGCGAAGAUUUGGAGGAACAGCAACGCCAUUUGAACGUUGGCCUUGAAAAGCUCCGUGAUACUGUGGAAAAGGUCAGCGAAUUGCGUCAGAGUCUUGCCGAGAAGAAGCGUCAACUCGAACAGAAAGAUGUGGAAGCAAACGAAAAGUUGCAACGUAUGGUCGCUGAUCAACAAGAGGCUGAGCGACGGAAAGCGGCAUCUCUUGAAAUUCAGGCGGCACUUGAAAAGCAAGAAAAGGAAGUAGCCCGACGGAAAGAAAUUGUCCUCGGCGAUCUUGCUCGGGCUGAGCCUGCGGUCCUUGAAGCCCAGAAGAGUGUAAGCAAUAUCAAACGGCAGCAGCUUACUGAAGUCCGUGCCAUGGGAAGUCCACCUGCUAGUGUCCGGCUUGCCCUUGAGUCAGUCUGCACGCUACUUGGCCACAAAGUGGACAGCUGGAAGACUAUCCAAGCGAUUAUCCGUAGGGAUGACUUCAUUGCCAGCAUUGUCAAUUACGACAACGAGAAGCAAAUGACCCGCCCCCUCAGGAACAAAAUGAAAAGUGAUUACCUUACCAAGGACGAAUUUACCUUCGAAAGAGUAAAUCAUGCCAGCAAAGCAUGUGGGCCACUUGUUAAAUGGGUUGAAGCUCAAGUGAACUACUCAGAAAUCCUGGAUCGAGUCGGACCUCUCCGAGAUGAAGUCGAACACUUAGAACAGCAGGCACUGCAAACCAAGGCCGAAGCACAGGCUAUCGAAAAUACCAUCAACAUUCUGGAAAGUAGUAUCGCGACGUACAAGAUCGAAUAUGCAGGACUUAUCAGCGAAACCCAAGCCAUCAAGACGGAAAUGUCACGCGUGCAGUUCAAGGUUGAUCGAAGUGUUCGUCUGCUUGACAGCCUCUCCUCUGAAAGGUCUCGUUGGGAAGAAGGAAGCAAGUCUUUCGAGACGCAGAUAUCCACUCUUGUCGGAAAUGUCCUCAUUGCGGCAGCCUUCCUUGCAUAUGGUGGUCUGUAUGAUCAGCAAUUCCGAAAAUCGAUGAUCGAUGACUGGCUAUACCAAUUAUCCCAGUCAGGUAUCAGCUUCAAGCCCCACAACCCUAUUACAGAGUUUUUGUCGAACGCCGACGAGAGGCUCUCCUGGCAAGAUCACUCGCUCCCGGUGGAUGAUCUUUGCACAGAAAAUGCGAUUAUUCUGAAGCGUUUCAACAGAUACCCUCUUAUCAUUGACCCAUCUGGCCGCGUUACCGAAUUUUUGCAAAAGGAGAACAAAGAUCGGAAGCUCACUGUUACCAGCUUCCUUGAUGACUCGUUUAUUAAACAGCUGGAGAGCGCAUUGCGAUUCGGAAACCCGAUCCUCAUCCAGGAUGCCGAGUAUCUGGAUCCUAUUCUAAAUCACGUUCUCAACAAAGAGUACCAGAAGACUGGUGGCCGUGUCCUUAUCCAACUAGGUAGACAGGAAAUUGACUUUUCACCCUCCUUUAAACUGUUCUUGUCAACAAGAGAUCCCUCUGCAACCUUUGCACCGGACAUCUGCAGUAGAACGACUUUCGUUAACUUUACUGUCACUCAGAGUAGCCUGCAAACUCAAUCCCUUAAUGAGGUCCUGAAGUUCGAGCGACCUGAUGUUGAUGAGCGCCGAACCAAUCUCAUUAAACUUCAAGGCGAAUUUAAGAUUCACUUACGCCAACUGGAGAAACGCCUCCUUCAAGCCUUAAAUGAAUCUAGAGGCAAUAUUUUGGACGACGACAAUGUCAUCGAGACCCUGGAAACAUUGAAGAAGGAAGCUGGUGAAAUUUCGCAUAAGAUGGUCGAAACUGAGGGGGUUAUGACGGAAGUUGAACAUAUCACACUCCAGUAUGACAUCAUUGCGCGGUCUUGCAGUGCUGUUUUCGCUGUCCUGGAACAACUUCAUCACCUCAAUCAUUUCUAUCAAUUCUCCCUGCAUUAUUUUGUCAAUAUCUUUCACACGGUACUUCAUCAAAAUAAACGCCUCGCCCAGGAAAAGGACCAUGCUGCGAGAGUCAACAUUAUUCUCCAAGACCUGUUCAUCACUGCCUAUCAAAGAACUUCAUUUGGUCUGCUCCAAAAGGAUCGAAUUACUCUUGCAAUGCUUUUAGCCCAGGCUUCACCUUAUACAAUGGAUAAGGGCAUAAUCGACACUAUUCUAGACACGAGCGUUGAGGGGUGUGACGUAUCCUUAGACAAAAAUCUUGAAGACACCAUGAUGGCCAAGGCGUCGCAAAUGUCGCUUUUUAAAUCAACUAUCGCUUCCGUUACCUCUGAAGAUUGGGAAAAAUUCCUCACAGAAGAGUUUGCAGAGAAUUUUGUCCCUACAGUAUGGGAGGAGGGCACGAUACCACGUGACCAGCAACUGCGGUCGCUUCUCUUGGUGAAACUCUUCCGCAUUGACAGAUUCGUCCCUACAGCUGAGCGUUUUGUUACUGAAGUCUUUGGGCGGGAACUUUUUGAAGGCAGCGGAGAUCUCAAGGAUGUUGUCGAACAGGUCACUGCCACUGCACCAAUUUCCCUAAGCUCGAGCCCUGGUUUCGAUGCUAGUUAUAAAGUGGAUGGACUUGUUGAACGCAUGCGCGCAACAUGCGCAAACAUUGCCAUGGGUUCGAACGAAGGACUUGAAAGUGCAGACAAAGCUAUCAGCAACGCAGCAGCAACGGGCACAUGGGUUCUUGUCAAGAACGUGCACCUCGCACCGUCCUGGCUUCAGAGUCUCGAGAAACGAUUGGACUCUCUCAAACCACAUAGCAAUUUUAGACUCUUCCUCUCCAUGGAGUCGAGCCCGAAGAUACCAGUUAAUCUCAUUCGGGCUUCCCGCGUGCUGAUGUAUGAACAGCCGGCGGGUGUUCGUGCGAAUAUGAAGGAUUCACUCUCGUCCUUGUCUCUUAGAGCCAGUAAACCGCCCGUGGAGAAAGCCCGUAUCUAUUUGCUGCUCUCUUUCAUACAUGCAGUUGUUCAGGAGAGGCUUCGUUAUGCACCUAACUUGGGAUGGAAGGGUUUCUGGGAAUUUAACGACAGUGAUUACGAAUGCUCCGCAUUUAUAAUCGACACCUGGGUCGAUUUAAUCUCCCAAGGUCGUUCCAACGUUGCCCCACAGAAAUUCCCAUGGGAUCUACUCCGCACCCUAAUCACAGAAACUUAUGGUGGGAAAAUCGAUGACAGCGAAGAUUUCCAACUGCUCGAGAAUCUUGUUAACACCAUUUUCACACCCGCAGCGUUCGAGGACGAGCACAAUCUUGUCCCAGGGGUUGAAGGCGACGAAUGCCUCAAACUGCCCUCGGGCACCAACAUUCGAGAUUUCGUCCAAUGGGUCAAUCGCCUCCCCGAGCGCGAGCCACCUACGUACCUGGGACUUCCGGCCAAUGCAGAGAAGCUGCUGCUGGUUGGAUAUGGCAAAGCGGUGAUAUCCAAUCUUGCGAAGGUGACUACCCUUCUUGAUGAAGGGGAGCAGCUGAUGGUUGAAGCUGCAGCUAUUUGA